GCGCCCUGCCUGGCCAUGGCCGCCGCCUCCUCCCCGCCCAGGCCCGACAAGGAGCGCUGGGGCUGCGGCCGCCUGCCCGGCUCCCGGCGGGGCAGCUCGGGCCUGGCCAAGAAGUGUCCCUUCUCGCUGGAGCUGGCGGAGGGCGGCCCGGCGGGCGGCGCGCUCUACGCACCCAUCGCGCCCCCCGGCGCCCCCGGGCCCGCGCCCCUCGCGCCCCCCGCCGCGCCCCCGCCCGCCGACCUUGCGGCGCGCCCGCCGGUGAGCCUCGACCCGCGCGUCUCCAUCUACAGCGCGCGCCGCCCGCUGCUCGCGCGCACCCACAUCCAGGGCCGCGUCUACAACUUCCUCGAGCGCCCCAGCGGCUGGAAGUGCUUCGUCUACCACUUCGCCGUCUUCCUCAUCGUCCUGGUCUGCCUCAUCUUCAGCGUGCUGUCCACCAUCGAGCAGUAUGUCGCCCUGGCCACAGGGACCCUCUUCUGGAUGGAGAUUGUCCUGGUGGUGUUCUUUGGGACGGAGUACGUGGUCCGCCUCUGGUCAGCAGGCUGCCGCAGCAAGUACGUCGGCAUCUGGGGAAGGCUGCGCUUUGCCCGGAAGCCCAUCUCCAUCAUCGACCUCAUCGUGGUCCUGGCCUCCAUGGUGGUCCUCUGCGUGGGCUCCAAAGGGCAGGUGUUUGCUACCUCGGCCAUCAGGGGCAUCCGCUUCCUCCAGAUCCUGCGGAUGCUGCACGUGGACCGUCAGGGUGGCACCUGGAGGCUGCUGGGCUCCGUGGUUUUCAUCCACCGCCAGGAGCUCAUCACCACCUUGUACAUCGGCUUCCUGGGCCUCAUCUUCUCCUCGUACUUCGUGUAUCUGGCUGAGAAGGAUGCCGUGAACGAUUCUGGCCAAGUGGAGUUUGGCAGCUACGCGGACGCCCUGUGGUGGGGGGUGGUCACGGUCACCACCAUCGGCUACGGUGACAAGGUGCCCCAGACGUGGGUCGGAAAGACCAUCGCCUCCUGCUUCUCUGUGUUCGCCAUCUCCUUCUUCGCGCUCCCAGCGGGGAUUCUUGGCUCCGGCUUCGCCCUGAAGGUGCAGCAGAAGCAGAGACAGAAGCACUUCAACAGGCAGAUCCCAGCGGCAGCCUCGCUCAUUCAGACAGCGUGGAGGUGCUACGCGGCCGAGAACCCCGAGUCCUGCACCUGGAAGGUCUACGUCCGCAAGCCGGCUCGCAGCCAUGCCCUGUUGUCCCCCAGCCCCAAGCCCAAGAAGUCUGUCAUGGUAAAGAGAAAGAAGUUCAAACUGGACAAGGACAAUGGGCUGAAUCCCGGAGAGAAGGUGCUCACGGUCCCCCACAUCACGUGCGAGCCCGUCUCAGAGGACCGGAAGCCAGACCACUUCUCUGUGGACAGCUGUGACAACUCUGCCAGGAAGAGCCCCAUGCUGCUGGAGGUGAGCCCGGCCCACUUCAUGAGGACCAACAGCUUCGCCGAGGACCUGGACCUGGAGGGGGAGACGCUGCUGGCGCCCAUCACCCACGUGUCACAGCUGCGGGAACACCACCGGGCCACCAUCAAGGUCAUUCGGCGCAUGCAGUACUUUGUAGCCAAGAAGAAAUUCCAGCAAGCCCGGAAACCCUAUGACGUGCGGGACGUCAUCGAGCAGUACUCCCAGGGCCACCUCAACCUCAUGGUGCGCAUCAAAGAGCUUCAGAGAAGGCUGGACCAGUCCAUCGGGAAGCCCUCCCUCUUCAUCUCUGUCUCAGAGAAGACCAAGGACCGCGGCAGCAACACCAUUGGGGCCCGCCUGAACCGGGUGGAAGACAAGGUGGCCCAGCUGGACCAGAGGCUGGUGCUCAUCACGGACAUGCUUCGCCAGCUCCUCUCCCUGCACCAGGGCGGCCGGCUGGGCGACCGGACCCCCGGCGGGGGUGGGGCCCAGGCGCCGCCCCCCUGCGGCUCCCUCAGCCCCGAGCUCUUCCUGCCCAGCGGCGCCCUCCCCACCUACGAGCAGCUGACUGUGCCCCGCGGGGGCCCCGAUGAGGGGUCCUGACGGGGGCUUGGGGCCCCAGGCCUGCGAGGGCAGGGCCGGAGGAGCCCAGUUCGGCCCAGCCCACCUCCCACCUGGGAGGGGCGCCCCCCCAGGUCACUGGCCCCUCCCUCCCAGGCCUCAGACCCCCCAUGGGCCACGCCACCCUGAGAGGCUGUGCCUUGGGAGUCACGAGGCCUCCUCUUCCAGCCAGCGG